UUCUAAAAUUGUGCUUAAAGGACAGCAAUGCAUCCAGCUGCAGAAUGUUUAGCUGGUUCUCUAGCAACAUGUGUUGCUUGCUUAUUUACAAACCCAUUAGAAACUAUAAAGACAAGAAUGCAACUUCAGGGAGAACUUCAGUCACGUGGAACAUAUAAAAUUUACUACAGAAAUGUUUUUCAUGCGUUUUAUACUAUUGCCAAAGUUGAUGGUAUACUUGCUUUACAGAGUGGUUUAGUCCCAGCACUUUGUUAUCAGUUUGUGAUGAAUGGAAUCAGGCUAGGAUCAUAUCAGAUAAUGGUAAAUGCAAAACUUACUGAAGAUAGAGAAGGAAAAAUAAGUUAUUUGAGGUGUAUGGCAGCUGGUGCAUUAUCAGGGUGCACUGGUGCUGCUGUCUGCAGUCCAAUUUUUAUGAUAAAAACUCAACUGCAGUCGAAAUCAAGUUCUGCUAUUGCUGUUGGCACUCAACACGAUAUAACGAAUCUAUCUUCAGGUAUUAUCUCUAUAUACCGAGAGCAUGGCGUUAGAGGGUUAUGGCGAGGUGCUUCUGCAUCUAUGGUACGAGUAACGGUCGGAUCAGCGACACAAUUGUCCGCUUUUUCGAAAUCUAAAGACUUUUAUUCACGUAACAAUAUAUUUGAACCUGGAAGUUUUAUGCUUUCUGUUUCAUCCAGCAUGACGGCUAGUGUUUUUGUUGUUUUAGCUAUGACUCCUUUUGAUGUUAUAUCUACACGACUCUAUAAUCAGAAUGUUAAUUCUUCUGGUAUUGGACUUAAAUAUACAAAUUUUUUUGAUGUUUUUGUUAAGGUGUUUGCUAAAGAAGGUUUUUUAGGAUUUUAUAAAGGGACUUUUGCACAUUAUUUUAGGCUAGGACCACACACAAUAAUAGGAUUAGUUUUGUGGGAUUCCAUUCGAAAGUACUUUGGGUGAUUUAAAUUUAGUUUUGAUUUAUUUUAAGUGAUUUUUGCAUUUUAGCACUUAAACUUUUAAAUAAUUUCAUCUUUAUUUCAUUUAUUUUAAUAUUCUAAAGUUUUGUUUUAUUAUUAAGGAAAUAGAAAUGACAUAUUAAAUA